AUGGAUUCAACUCACACAUCUGAUCGAAACGUCUCAGCCGAUAAAAAUGAUCAUGCAAAGGUGUACUUCUUCGUUGAUUGGGUGAAUACUUACAGAGAGGCAAAGAAGAAGCAUAAUCCAAAUGUAUAUCGCGAAAAUCGUGAUAAUGCAACUCCUGUUUCUGAAGCUACUGUCACUACUGAGCAGUCUGUUGCAACUCACUUCCCCGAUGAGGAGUCAGCCACAACUGCUGCUACUGCUGCUGCUGCUACAACAACAAUGCCUAAUAAUUUAUUUCUAGGUGCAGUUGCAGAUUUUUUAAGUAAAUCAAAAAAAUACAAUUAUACUGAUCAAGCUGAAAACUAUGCUGCCACAGGUUUAUAG